UCCCCAAAACACUCUCCGUGACCAAAAACAGCCUUCGUCUCAGCUCUCAUCCAAACCAAACCCUAGUAGCCUAUCAUUUAUAAGCCAUAUCCGAACCCAAACCAAACCCUUCUCUUCUCGUUCUACUUAUCCCAAAAUUGUCUUCAUUUUCCCUAGAAAAUUGUCUCCUUCUCAUUUUCCCGAGAAAAUAAUCAUCCUCCGCUCGCUUCAUCGUAUCCCAAUUUUCUCUACUUUGGCCAGUACAAUUUCUUAAUCAAUCUGUGUUGUUGUUUGUUCAUAUUCCCGAGAAAAUUAACCGUGUCUCUCUUGCUCUCUCAAUCUGAUUUUAUUCUAAUUACUAUAUCAUCAUCAUCGAAUUCAACUGAAGUCAACCUUUUCUUACCUUGACUGCUAUCUGGUUACUUUCCUUCACUUUCUUCCGAAUGUACUAGAAAUCUUUUUCAUUGAUUCCAACUUCGAUCUUCUCAAUCUUCAUCAAAAUCGCUAUAAUCUUUAAUAAACUUUGUUCGUUUGAAGCAAUAGUGGCGCUGAGAUUGAGUUGAGAGAAUGGUGGGAGGUGGAAACAGAAAGGAUGAGUCUUUGGUUCUGAACAGUACCAAUGUGUUUGCGGCUCUCGGAACCCUAAGGAAGAAGAAGAAGUCUGACAAAGAACAAGGUUCAUCCAAGAGCAAAAGCUCUUCCAAGAAGAAGCAAGACAAGGAGGAGCCCGAGCCGCAGGUUUUUUGGGCUCCAGCGCCGCUGACUGUGAAAUCGUGGGCUGAUGUUGAUGAUGAGGAUGAUGAUGAUUACUAUGCCACCACGGCUCCGCCUCAAUCGAGUUGGGCUGGUUCGAAUGAUCCCCCACCUGCUGCCAAGGAGAGCUCAACACCAAUACAAGAAAGUGAAAGUGAAGAAGGUCUUGACGAAAUUGAUGAUGAUAACGAUGAAGAGCAUGAUCAUGAACCCGAGGUUCCAGUGGAAAAAGAACCAGUUGUUAAGAAGCUUGCUGAAGUUUCGUUGGCACCUAAAGAUCCAGAAAGGCAGCUGUCAAAGAAGGAAUUGAAGAAGAAGGAGCUUGCAGAACUUGAUGCCAUGCUCGCUGAACUCGGAAUUGCCAAGUCCGAGUCCACUGGCCAAGAUGACUCCUGUGGUGGUGCAGAAGAGAACAAGCUAGAGAAUCCCAAUGGAGAGGUGGAGAAGAAGGAAAUUGCUCCAGGGGAGAGCAAAAGCGCAAAAAAGAAGAAAAAGAAGGAUAAGUCUUCAAAGGAGGCUAAAGAACAGCAGGAUGAACCCAACGGUGCAGACGCCACAAAUGGAACCGAUGAAGCUGCCGGAACUGAGAAAGCUGAAGAUACAUCUGUCGAUGUGAAAGAGAAGAUAAAGAAAGUGGCAUCCAUGAAGAAGAAAAAAUCAAGCAAGGAAAUGGAUGCUGCUGCAAGAGCUGCUGCAAACGAGGCUGCUGCAAGGAAUGCAAAGCUUGCCGCUGCAAAGAAAAAGGUGAAGGACCACUACAACCAGCAGCCGGUGCGGUAAGGACAUUUCAGACAUUUUGUGGAGUUGGGUAUGGGCAUGUAUCCUUUUGUUCAUUUGGUAAAUGCAAAAUAAACAUUAGAAUCUCUUCAAUAGUUCUUUUUUUGGGUUUUACUUGAGGUGAACAAAAAGAGUUAUGGAUUUGAAAGAAUAGGGUUGUUGGAUCUCUUCAAUAUUUUUCUGUUUCUUUUUCUUUUCUUUCCAGUGGACAGUUCUGCUGAUGUAUAAUUUUGUGGAUGUUAAUCAACUUCAGUUUUUUUUGUCCUUUCAUUAAAUUAUCGAUUUUCAUGUCGUUUGUUUC